GCGGAAAUCUGGUUUGUUUGUUUACUGUUUGUUUACUCUGUAAGGAGUUAAGAAACCCGCUCCAACUGAACAAUCAUAAUCCCUUACGCUUCAAAAGAGAAAAUGGAAGAUUUUAUCCUUAGAGAACGAACGGAUAUAGUUAAUAUAUCGUCGUCUGUUCUUCCGAAUGAAGAGUAUCGUCCUAGUUCCAAUUCAAACUAUACUAUAAAGGACCAAGCAAGGAGCAAAAGUUCUAUUAAUACAGAAUACUUCUCGGAUGCUGAUUCAUUGAGAAAAGAAUUAUGUGAAUCGGAUGUUCCUUUUCUUUACAUGAACGAAAACUUCAGUACUGCAAGAGAUAGGAAUACCAGUAGUACAAUCUUAACUGAGAAGCAAAACAAAACAGAAAGUCUGGGAGACAAUGAAAAAGAUAUUAUGAAUGAAAACCAGCGCUUAAAAGAAGCAAACGAGCGUCUUCAAAUGACGUUGUUACAAAUGGCUAUUUCAGACACAGUCUCUGAGAAAGAGCAAGAAGAAAUGGAAGCCGUCCGAAAGGAGUUAAUUCGUGAAAUAAUGGGCAGCAGCAAAUCACGUCUACUUCAAAUGGAAAUUGAAAACAAAGACUUAAAAAAAUCAAUUUCAGAGAUGCAAAAAUAUAUAACAAAAAUUGUAGACCGUUGCCUUCAGAACGAACUUGCUCAGCAGAUUCUUUCAAUAGAUGAAGCAUGAACUGAUGGUCAAUCACUAAAUCAUUUUUAUAAAAUACCAGGAGUAUAUAUUAGUCUAAACGUUGAGUAACGUUAUUGGAGGAGUUGAUCGUUUUCCUUUACACAGAUAAACGACCGAAUUAUCAUUCCCAGAGACACCUUUAAUGACAUGCUUAUUAACUUUGGAAAAGCACAUUGUCAAAUCUUCUAACAAGGUAGGGAGGUUUGGACCGUUUACGACUUUACAAAGAAAGGUCCCCGAUUGUUUUAAGCCACGUAGAGCAAAUACCAAUGAAGAUUGAGCCAAAAACAAAGAAUCUAAAUGAUCCUUUACAGUCAAUAGCUCACGGUUUCGCAUAGCCAUGUAAGGCCUUUUCGAAAUAGAGAAUUCAAAUCCCUGAACCAUUGGAAACGGACGAUUCAAAUCACUGAUUAUGACAUCGGCACAUAAUUCCUUAAGAAGCGAUUCUUGCUUUUCAGCAGUUUCUUCAUGUUCAAGAGCCAACUGGAGGUAAGGUAUAGAGGAGGGAUCACCAUAUUGUACCAGUGCUUCUUGUAGUCUUCUGGCACGUAGUCCCGCUUUCACAAUCUCGUCUUGGAUAGCCAUACUCAGAAAAUUUCCCUGUAUCAUGCUACAGUUAGCUGGAGAUCUUGAAGGAAUUAUAUCGACGGAAACGACUCUUCCUUCAGAGCCUAUAUAUUCAGACGCAACGUUGUUCCAUAUUCCUGGAGAAGAACCCUUGCCAUGUUAAUGGACUAAAAUAAUAAUAAUAAAAAAAAAAAAAGAUUUCCUUACCAAAUUGAUUACCAGUUGACCAGGUGCAAAUAUAUUUUCCUUUUCAUGUAUCUAAAAUAAUUUGGUUAGUGAUACUGUCAGUCAACUUCAUAUUAAGUAGCUAUAUGGUUUUCCUUUCUCCUUAUUAAGAAAUAGUAAACAUUUAAAAACAAUAUCCAUAGGUAACCAGAUAUUUUUACUCACUAACUUCCAAAAACCUACAUGCUUUAAGAAAGUAUAAUAAUCAUUCUCCAAGGAAGCUCUAUAAGAAGAUAGAGACUCUGUUUUCCUUUUUUUUUGCUUCGUAGAGUAGAAGAACUUUUGGUUCAGACUAGUGAUGGAAAAUUGCCAGUCUAUGCCUCUAAUCAAGCGAUUUUUCCAACUACUAACAAAGACUGUUCUCUGAACGAGAUUCAUUUUUAGUUCUAAAGCAUUUCACUUGCUUUUCAGGCGUUUAUUAUGACUCAAUCACAAUCUUCCAAAUGAGUAACUCGCUCUGGUAAAUUUACUUUAGUACAAAGUGUGCCCGUCAGACAGGAAACGUAUCCUCUCAACACUUUUUUAAUGAUCAAUUUCGAUAGUAUAUAUCUUCAAAAUAUAAGUAAAAGAUACGCCCAAUUAUGCAAUUCAUGGUCAAAACCAAAACUACUGACAUUAGACUUUAGAU